GCAGUCCACAAAGUCGUGGUCAUGGUCAACGCCGGAAUUCUAGGGUUACUCCAGCUUGUUAGCCAACAGUCCUCUGUUUUGGAAACACAUAAAGCCGCAUUCCUCAGUUUUUGUGUUCUCGUUCUGUUCUACGCCGUUCUUCGCGUCCGGGAAGCCAUAUACGUGCGCCUACGACCAGGGUUAGUCAUGAGGCUUGUUGGACACGCGAGCCAUCUUUUUGGCGGUCUAGCCGCUUUAGUGCUCAUCUACGUGGUUUCUGCCGCGUUCGCUAUGGUCUUACUUGUUCUCUGGUUUCUCUGGCUCUUCACUGUCGUUUACAAAAAUUUCAGUGAGGUCAUGAUCAUCUAUUCGGAGAAAUACAAAUCUGGCACCGGUUUGCCUCAGUUGCCACCGGUUUAAUAUCUCGUGGUUUAUCUAUGGAUGAAGGGUACGUAAUAGCAUAAUAAAAGUUAAAUGCAUGA